CAUGACAGUGUUACUGGCUAGGCGCCUACUUGAUACACGAAACAGCAGUAGUUCUUUAGCAGAAUGAGUUGUAUUUGUGUCCGGAAAGGGAUUGCGACGUGCACCCAAAGCACUGUGGGCAGAAAAAAAAUUAGGAAAGAAACUAAAGACAAGCAAAUUAACUGGAAUUGGAUAAAGCACAAAGACUCGCUGAUCUGACCCAGUGUAAACCAGCUCUUCUUGCUUGUCUUCCCCUUUACCCACUGGUUUAGCCAGAAUGGAGGACACUUACAAUAACAGGACUUCCUUAGUUAAAGGGGCCAAGGAUAUGGUGAAAGAAGCAAAGCGGCAGGCGACGAAGAAGGUCAACAAAGUAGUUGACCGCGCUUCCGAUGAGUAUUCAUCCCACCACAACUAUUCACGAUUCGAGGACGAUGCGGACGAUGAGGAUUUCUACAGGAAUCCUCCAAGGCAAGACGGAGAGGGUUACCAUGACAACGAUGAGGGCUCCAGUGACGCCACCGAAGGCCACGAUGAUGAAGACGAGAUCUAUGAGGGAGAGUACCAGGGGGUGCCUUCCCAAGGUGACAGGAAGCAUAAAGAGGGCCAAGUAGCUCUUGGGCAGCCAAUAUCGGAUGCCACGAGGGACAGAAAGGAGCUUGAGCAGGAGCGACAGGCGGAUGAGGAGGAGCUGGCACAGCAGUACGAGCUCAUCAUCCAAGAGUGUGGCCAUGGGAGGUUCCAGUGGCAGCUGUUCUUGGUACUCGGACUGGCCCUCAUGUCAGACGGCGUUGAAGUGUUCGUGGUGGGCUUCGUGCUUCCUAGUGCUGAAACGGACAUGUGUGCACCGAACUCCUCUUCGGGAUGGCUAGGAAGCAUUGUUUACCUGGGGAUGAUGCUGGGAGCAUUCUUUUGGGGAGGCAUGUCCGACAAAGUGGGCCGGAGACAGUGCCUCCUCAUUUGCAUGUCCACGAAUGGCUUCUUCGCUUUCUUGUCUUCAUUUGUCCAAGGAUACGGCGUCUUCCUUGUUUGCCGGAUCGCUGCAGGGUUUGGGAUAGGAGGUGCAGUCCCCAUUGUUUUCUCUUUCUUUGCAGAAGUUUUAUCAAGGGAGAAGAGAGGAGAACACUUGAGCUGGCUGUGUAUGUUUUGGAUGAUUGGCGAGAUCUACGCAUCUGCAAUGGCCUGGGCUAUUAUACCGCAUUAUGGAUGGAGUUUCAGCAUGGGUUCAGCAUACCAGUUUCAUAGUUGGAGAGUGUUUGUGGUCGUUUGUGCCCUGCCUUGUGUGUGUGCUGUGGUUGCACUUACCUUCAUGCCUGAAAGCCCCAGAUUUUACCUUGAGGUAGGGAAGCACGACGAAGCCUGGAUGAUCCUCAAACAAAUCCACGACACCAACAUGAGAGCGCGUGGGCAGCCAGAAAAAGUCUUCAGCGUUAACAGAAUAAAGAUUCCAAAGCAGCUGGAUGAAUUUGUGGAAUUGGAGUCCGAAUCCGGAAAUCCAGUUUCCAAGGCUAUUUUCCGGAUGAAGGCUGAAGUCCAUGGGAUCUAUCAGAAUCUCAUGAAGUGUUUCAACUACCCGAUGAGAGAAAAUAUGAUGCGACUAGCCAUAGUGUGGCUCACUCUGUCUUUUGGGUAUUACGGUCUGUCUGUCUGGUUCCCUGAUGUCAUCAAACACCUGCAGGCGGACGAAUAUGCCUCCAAAGUGCAAAUUCACAACAACGAGCGCACUGAAAACUUUACCUUCAACUUUACCCUGGAGAAUCAGAUACACAAAAAUGGACUUUUCAUCAGGGAUCGAUUCAUCAACAUGAAACUCAAAUCCGUCACCUUCGUUGACUCAACCUUUCGUAACUGCUACUUUGAUGACGUGACGUCGGUGGGAUCCUAUUUCCAUAACUGUACUUUUGUUGACGCAUUCUUCUUCAAUACAGACAUUGAUGACUCUAAGCUAAUAGAUGGCACUGAGGUGAUCAAUAGCACGUUCACCCACAACAAGACAGGAUGCCAGAUGACGUUUGAUGAUGAUUACAGUGCCUACUGGGUUUACUUCAUCAACUUCUUGGGAACCUUGGCCGUUCUACCCGGGAACAUCGUGUCUGCUCUUCUAAUGGAUAAAACAGGCCGUUUGUCCAUGUUAGGUGGCUCCAUGGUGUUGUCAGGCAUCAGCUGCUUCUUCUUGUGGUUUGGCACCAGUGAGUCCAUGAUGAUUUUCAUGCUGUGCCUUUACAAUGGCCUAAGUAUCUCUGCCUGGAACUCUCUGGACGUGGUGACAACUGAAUCUUUCCCAACUGCCAGGAGAGGAACAGGCUUUGGAUUCUGUAACGCCCUAUGUAAGAUGGCUGCAGUCUUGGGGAACCUAAUUUUUGGUUCUCUGGUCGGAAUCACAAAGGCCAUCCCCAUCCUGAUGGCAUCAUCAGUCCUAGUGGGGGGAGGUCUGGUCGGCCUCCGUUUGCCUGAUACAAGAGCAAAUGUCCUCAUGUAACACCAGCUUCACCGCAGUACAACCUAGAUAAAACACUGAGCUUGAGGGGACUAAAAGAUCAAUAAGAGAGGAAUGUUAGUGGCUUGGAUCAUACAUGCAGUGGAUGUUAGUGGCUUGGAUCAUACAUGCAGUGGAUAUAAAAAACUUGGACAUCCCAGUUUAAAUGCUAGAUUUUUGCGAUUUAAAAAAUAGGAAACCAAGAUAAAUCAUCAGAGACGUUUGUCUCCCAUUAUUUAUCAUAUACCCGUACAAAUCAGUGGGAAAAAAGGUAUUUUUAAGUGAAUGGAAGAAAAAAAUUAAUAAUUGAGACAUUUUUGCACCCUAGCACCACUUAAAGUUUCACCCCAAAUAUUUUGUUGUUGUUUUUGUAGGCAUUUUCUGACAUUUUUAUCACCUGAACACAGAGGUGCUGGAAGUCAGUAGCCACGUUUACAUGCUGACUUUUAUUCAUACCGAUUCAAAUAAUUCCGAAUGGAAAUUUCAGAUCAGCUGUUUACAUGUCACUUCAUCUAUUCCGAUCCAGCGUUUACAUGUGUCUGCCUUUAUUCCGAAAGGACGUUUGACAACUGCCGUCUGACAUGCGCAGAUUAAUCAAAACAAAGCGUCACGUUGCAAAACAUGGAGCUCGAUCGUCAGAUCAGCUGCUGUUUUAACUUUUCGAGUGGAAACAAAACUUCAGCAUGACACGCCGUUCAUUUAAAAAGUUGUGUGGGUGCGCUGUGCGUGUGCUUGGAAGCCAUGUUGCAAGUGACGUCACCACGUCAGUACGGAGCAUGUGCAGAAAGAACGCAACCAGACACCAUUCCGCUUCCCUGUUUACAUGAUAUAAUUUUACUUCUAAUCGGUUUGGUAAAAGGAAUAUUCCACCCAUGUGAAACGGAAUGAAAUUCCAUUCAGUUUGGGCCUGUUCAUUCCGAAUGAGGUGUUUAUAUGGAACACAUUUAUUCGGUUUGAACAAAUAUUCCGAUUGUAAUUGGAAUAUUUGGCUCCAUGUAAACGUGGCAACUGACAGCAGGUGUUACUGAGGAUCUUAUUUUGUUUUACCCAUCCAAAAACUGCCCUUUCGGUCCAAAUUUGUCAUGCUUGCGCUUUUUCUCCAUACAAGGCACGCACAAUAGCAGUACACACACAUGCUGGAUAGUUUACGUACUACUACCGUAUUGGCCCGAAUAUAAGAUGGCCCUGAUUAUAAGACAACCCCUCUUUUUCAAGACUCAAGUUUGAAAAAAGACUUUUUGAACACCAAAUUAAUAUUUAUACAGAAAGUAAUUACAGUACAUCUAAAACAAAUGAGUAUAACAAUAUAUUUGAGAGAAAAAGCAUGUUGUUUUGCCUCAUUCAAAUCUUAACAUCUGAACAUUUAAAUAUGGAAACUAAAGUGCACUCACAUUCGUAAAUGAAUGGCUUCUGGUUUUUGAAAUGUAAAUAAACCAAUCAAUCUAUUGUGAUAAAACAACAAAAUUGCAAUAAGUGCAUUAACCAUCAACGUGAAGUCUAACUGUAACUAUAGUCUUGAAACAAAUCUGAAUAAGGUAAAAACAUUGCAAUAAAAUAAUGCAAACUGGUUAAACUUGAGAGUAGCUGAGAUCUGUCAUGACAGAACAUCGCUUCAAUGAUAUCUUGCGCUAUCUAGCGUCGUGAAUGGGUUAGACCCCCUCUUUUCCAGUCUUAUUUCAAUGCAAAAAACACCACCUUAUAUUCGGCCCAAUACGGUACUAGGCUACUACAAAGACAGCGUUCUAUUUCACCUACAGUGUGUGUUGGAGUUUUUGUACUGGAAAUAAAAGCGCCUGUGUAUUAUAAUGCAAAUAAAUGAGGAUGGAAGUACAAAAAAUAACCUACAUAGCAAAUGUCCAAUAACUUAAAUGCAAUAAAAUGCUAACAUUUUUUUUUACAGUGCUCUUAACAAUUGGUUCAAACACACAUUCCCACAAAAAUAAAAAGGUUAAAUAUUAGGGGUGUCAAACGAUUAAAAUUUUUAAUCGAGUUAAUUACAGCUUAAAAAUUAAUUAAUCGCAAUUCAAACCAUCUAUAAAAUAUGCCAUAUUUUCCUGUAAAUUAAUGUUGGAAUGGAAAGAUAAGACACAAGAUGGAUAUAUACAUUCAACAUAUGGUACAUACAGUGGGGAGAACAAGUUUUUGAUACACUGCCAAUGGGUUUUCCCAUUGACAGUGUAUCAAAUACUUGUUCUCCCCACUGUAAGUACUGUAUUUGUUUAUUAUAACAAUAAAUCAACAAGAUGGCAUUACCAUUAUUAACAUUCUGUUAAAGCGAUCCAUGGAUAGAAAGACUUGUAGUUCUUAAAAGGUAAAUGCUAGUACAAGUUAUAGAAAUUUUAUAUUAAAACCCCUCUUAGUGUUUUCGUUUUAAUAAAAUUUGUAAAAUUUUCAAUCAAAAAAUAAACUAGUAGCCCGCCAUAGUUGAUGUCAAUAAUUACUUACACAAUGCUCAUGGGUGCUGAAGCCUAUAAAAUCAGUCACACCCAAGUGCCAGCAGAGGGCAACAAAACUCCUUAAAACACAACAAGUACACAUUUCACUGUCCUGUCAUUUUAAUCUGUUUGAGAGGGGCAUUUGUGCGUUAAUUGCGUCAAAUAUUUUAACAUGAUUAAUUUAAAAAAAUUAAUUACCGCCCGUUAACGUGAUAAUUUUGACAGCCCUAUUUAAUACACAUAUGAACUAAAUUACGAAUGCAUUAAAAAACAUUAGCUCAAACAAAAAGCUGAGCUUAUGUUGGUCUUUACAGAGAGCAGCUGGGUUCAGCCAUGUGAAAUGAGUUAUGUCAUAUUCACUGUUGCCACUAGAGGGCAGUGUAUCCACCCAAAUCAAUAAAACUGAAUGCAAACACUUUCAAAACAAAUCAUUAUAACGCCACUUUAAUUAAACGAACACUCAAAGCAGAAAAAUUUAAUUUGAGCGUUCAAGCAGAAAAAACCUAAUAGAACAUAUAAACUUUAAUCAGAGGCACUUUUUUGUGGCAUUUGUGUAACAAAUUCCAUUGAACCUGAGUUUGAAUGUCAUUUGUUAAUUCUUAACACAGCCACAUCCCCACGAGUAAGUACACUUCUGCAACUGCUAUUUAAAUCUCAAUUGAGUUGUGUAGGUUAUAUGCAAGGUCACUUUAAUGGGGUGAAAUUUUGAAAAUGUUGACGUUGUUGUCAUUUUUUAUACAGUAUCACAGAAACUUGGUAUUUUAAAAGGGCUGCUGAGUUUUUUAUAUCCACUCUAUCCUAACUGUAUUAAUGGCAUCUAGCUUAUAAGUAAAACCAUGCAGCAAUUUAAGCUUACAAAUCGGCAGUAAAACACAUUGCAAGUUAAAUUUGUCAUUUUAUGCAUGUUCUAUGUGGACAUUUGCAAAACAAGGUAGAUUGCUGCACAUUUCCUGCGAAAACGUUGUUUUAAUUUUGUUCAAGGAGGGAUCCCAGUUACAGCCAGAUUCUUCCACAGUGUUAUCGCAUCAUUUAAACUCAAGGCUUUUAAUAUUGAUAGUCUUAUUAAGAGGAGCCAGAUGGGGAGAAUAGUGCAAAACAAGCUGUAAUGAGCUCAGUCAACCUGCUGUGUGAUAACGUAGGGAAUAGAUGAUCAGACAGAACGGACACACCACACAGAUGCACGACAGCUGGGUUUCCUGCAAACACACAACAUGUUGCAGGUGGUCAGGCAGAGUGCAGACAGGUGCAAUGUAAAAAUACAUGAAAGCUCACACAUUGGCACUUUCAGCUUGGACUGUACCCAACAUUUGCUUACUAUGAUAUCUGAAACUUCUCUCGUAGAUGUAGGAUAUGCCAAGCUUUUUGUAUUAACUUCUAAUACAGAAUUAAAAAAAAAAACAUAAGUUGUAAAAUUACUCUUGCCAUUUUGAACUGACAAUUUUCCAUCUUAGUUUUUGGAAUGAUCGAACCACACAUUGAAAUCAGGCCUUUUCCCCUUAAAUAAUUACUUUAAAUAAAUUUUUUAAAUAAUCAAAUAACUUUAGUGUUCCUCUGAUUUUGCUGUAUGUAGCACGCUCCUGGCAGUAACCUAAAAAAAUACUGAAUGCCUUUUAAAAUGUGCCUCUCCUGAGCUAGAGCAGUCUACUCAUAGUCAUGUAGUAUCCUGAGGUUGUAGGACAGAACUGUUAAAAAAAAACAAACAAACAAAAAAAAGAAAAUCAUUAUCAUAUUUCUGUGAAUAUGUGUUAGUCUGUUUCAAUACAGUUUACGCUUACCAUUAUCUAUAGAUAUUAUCACAUAGUUUUUUACACAUUUUAUUUUAUUGAAAAAAAUAUUUUACAAAGGUUUAAAUAAAUAUGAUAUCUUUAUGUGAUAUAUGAAUAUGAACUACCAGACAAACACAGUAAAAUAAAUAUACAUUUAAUUAAUUACGUUUUAUAAUGUAUAUGGCGGAAAACACUCAGGUGACUUGAAGUUCCGCUCUGAGACCCCCAAUUUGGCCAAAUUUCAAAAUUGUCCGAUAUGCAUGUGUGAUACAUCAUUGUAAAGCUUAAAAUAUCAAUUUUCUGGGGGAAGAAAAAUUUUGAACAGGGGGGCAUUUUAAAAAGAAAACUUUUUUUUUUAAACAGCAAAACCCUAUCUCGAGGUGAGAGCACGCGAGAGCAGAAUUACAGACGCCAUGACUUUAACAAGAUAUUAUCGCAUACUUACCUAGUUUCGGUCCAAAGCUGUGAGAGCACAGCUGUGAAUGGCCACAGCUGGAUUUUUGGGGGAUUUUAUGGGUGAAACAUGGUAAUAUAACAAGGAUCGCGAUGCAGAAAUCGCAGACAUCAAGGAGUGGUCGAGAUUUUCUUUUUCAUAUAUUUACCCUUUGAAACGUUUUUUGUUGUUGGUUUUUUUCCAGUUUUUCUUUGUUUGGAUCGAUUAUUUAUCAUCUAACAUGUCGGAGAAAAUACGACAUUAACAAGAAAAAAUAACAAUUAAGCGAUAGUUAUGAUGUAGAUAUCCGUGACUUUUUUACAGACACCAUUUUUUUCAUUAUGACAUCAUUUGUUUAAAGGUUUAACCCUUAAAGACCUGCAACAUGAAGCAAUUAUCAGUGAAACCUUUUUUUCAAAUUAUUUUAAAUUUGAAAAAUAAGGUCCUAAUGAGACCUUUUUUUCAAAUUUGUAAAAAGAAAUGUCAAAAUGAAUAUGUGUAAUAAGCGCUCCAAUAUCUAUAACCCUAGCUAAAUCCUGUUUUUUUUUUCUCAUGGAACCUGCAAAUGCAUGUGUUGACUUGCAUCCAUCAUUUUUUCUUUCCAAAAAGAAAUGUCAAAAUUCUGAAUUACUCUAAAAAUCAUUCAAUUUUAGGUGUAUCAAAUGUGAUACAUUUGGCAAUAAACGGUUAAAAUAUGCAAGUGAAUAAUUUUUUAAAGUUUUUUUUAAAAAAUGAAAUAUUAGACAUCAAUUAAUGAUUCUAAGCUAAAAAUGACAGACAUUUUGAAUAAUAAAUAUUUAAUUAAUUACCUUCGUUUUAUGGCUGGGUUGAAACAAAAGCGGUUGCGCGACGUCUGUAAAAGGGGGUUUCCGGGGUAAAACAGACAAAUUAAAAAUAGUUCGGGGGCUUAAUGCGCCAUCAAUCUGCUCUGGCAGCAUAUAGACAUAUUGUUCUAUCAAACACAACAGUUGUUUUGGCUUAAAAUACAGUUGUUUAUGUUAAAGAGGAGUGCAAGAGCAGAAACUGCUUUUUCAGUCUUGUCUGUGUUUUCUGCCAUAUAUAUUUGCUUCUAUCACAGGUAGUCCCCAGGUUACGACGUACUUGCCUUACGCGAUUUCGGCUUUACGAUGCCUGAGUCUCGUCCGCCAUUUUGUCUAGUCAUUUUUUUCUCUCACAUAAACAGUACCUUAUUAUACCUCACAGUAUCUUUUUAUUUUAUUUUUUUUACUUUACUUUAUAAAUAUGACUUUGACUUGUUCUGUCCUCACUAAACUUUGAAAGUUGUUCAGCUUUACAGACAUCAAACAAUUGUACUUUUUGAAGCUUUUUACUUCCUUCACUUUUGACAAUUUGUACAGCUGUAACACACUUACGUUCAAAACGAUACGCAUUUUAACAAUAAAACACUUGACACAAAACAAUUGGUGUUCAAACGUCUAUUCUGAUCAAUAUGUAAAUUUGGUAGAAUAAAUUAGCUUAAUUUGCCUAACAAAAGUCUGCUAUCUUAAAUGCUAUGAAUGCUAAUGUAUUUAGACUUCUCGUAGCAAAUUGCUCCCACGUAACUCCACAAACUGUUCCUGUAAACUUAAUUACAAAUGCACACACACAUGUAUAUUAGCUGAAACGACUUACAGCCUUCUGUGGGCCAAACCAGAGCACAGCUAUCCUUUAUCCAGUCAGAUGUCUGAGGGUUAAUUCCAAUUUGUGCAGAAAUUCGGAUUAAGCCGCCAGCGUAGGACUAAAACUCGUUCGUAACCCGGGGACAUCAGGUAUAAUCGAUAAUAAAAUGUAUUCAUUGACAUACUGUAAUUUUAUCUUGUACCCCAACAUGGAGCCAGCUAUUAGCUAUUGAUAAUAGGCAAAAUAAAUUUCAUCAGCAAGAUGUACACCUAACUUUUUUUUAAAAUACAUUAAAAAAAAAAAAAAAGAUCUAGCAUUAUAGUUUAAGAAUUCUCACAGUGUAGCUGGAACAUUUUUAGUUAAGAAGAGCAGCAAUGUUAAUAAAUGACAUGUUAAAAAGCAGGGCUCAGGAACCUUUUUGGCAGAAAGAGCCAUAAACAAUACAUAUUUUGAAAUGUAAUUCUUUGAGAGCCAUACUCGGAAUUUAGAAGUAAAAAUACCUUUGCCUUUCAUAGGCAAAAUAGCAACCCUUUCCUCGUGUAUUGUGUCGCCAACAACAGACCUUGCAAUCAUGCUGAACUGGGAUAGAUUGCUUCCAUUCGUUGACCCAUCCAAAGCGAGAGGGAAAAAAACGGUGCCAUAUUUAUGUCCCUCACUUGCGUUGCCUCAGUGUGAUUUGACAUGAUGAUCUGAUCGUGAGGAGCAUGUCUUUUAUCCGUUUUAUUGUUUUGUCUUUAUCCGAAAAGAUAAAAAAAAUCAUAGGCAACAUCCAACAUAAAUGUUUUGGGAUACUCCCCAUCUGUGAAUGGCUUUCCGUGUCUAAAAAUUGCUAAAGUGCCAGCAAAGCUAGCCAAAGUCCAAUCACAUUGUUGGGUCCAAACACGGGAGUAGCUGCAUACUGGCUUGCACUCUUGACAGUAGUUCUCGACAUGCUUUCUUCCUCCUACUGUCCAUAAUCCUUGUCUUUUUCCUUUUAACCAUCUUUUCAAAAGGGUUUCCAAAAUUCACUGAUAACGUGGGUUGUUUAUUUACAAAUCGCACGGCAAACCAUUGGGCGGUUGAUUUUCACACGCCACAUCCGUCGCUAUUUGGGACAGCAAAAUAUGGCAACCCUUCUUGAAGAGUGUCUGCCUCACCUGUGCUGCCUAUUUGAUUGAUAGUUACAGGAAGUCCCCGGGUUACGACGUACCCGACUUGCGUGAUUUCGACUUUACAACCCGUGUCUCGUCCGCUGUUUUUUUUUUUUUUUUAAGUCGCGUAGUAGUGUAUCGCCCGCUACCACUCAGCAUUGAUGGUAAGUACAGUAUAUUAUUGGUCAUUUAAUUUUGUUAUUUAUUAGGUCUAAUUAAUGUAAAUAGUUUAUCUCUACAGUAAUUGCUAUGCAAAUCUAGUAUUUCAUUAUUCUACAGUAUAUGCGCUUUCCUUUGUUGCACUCGGACUUGUUUGACAUCACGCCAGCGCUAUUUUCUGUUAGUUUCGAGCGUUGCUUUCACGUAGGGAAGCGGGGGUGAACGCCAGUUAACCCUUUAAUGUCAGCAAUAUGAAGCAAAUAUCAGAGAAUCCCAAAAUGAAACCUUUUUUUCAAAUUUGUAAAAAGAAAAGUCAAAAUGAAUAUGUGUAAUAAGACCUCAGAUAUCGAUAACCCUGGCUAAAUCCUGUUUAUUUUUUUCAUGGAACCUGCUGAUGCAUGUGUUGACUUUCAUCCAUCUUUUUUUUUUUUUCAAAAAGAAAUGUCAAAAUUCUGAAUUAGUCUCAAAAUCAUGACAUUUUAGGUGUAUCAAAUGUGAUACAUUUGGCAAUAUAGGGUUAAAUUUCAAGAAGGCAGAGCCACAGUUACAGUGGGGCAAAUAAGUAUUUAGUUAACCACUAAUUGUGCAAGUUCUCCCACUUGAAAAUAUUCGAGA